UCCGCGCUCGGCUGUUGUUGAUGAAGUUGCUGCGGCUCGGACCCUGUGUCGCUCUGUCUCCGCUGCGGGACAUCGAGGACUGAGACGGGGGGACACGCUGGACAUUCACCCGCCAGGAGACACGAGUGUCGUGGGAGGAGGAGGCGGUGCCGUCGUGAGGACCCUGGAGUCAGCGGCGGGAGGCAGCUAGCCCCCCGGAGCAGCGGCUGGAGAACAGCGGCAGGAGGCAGCUAGCCCCCCGGAGCAGCGGCUGGACGGGUUCUCUUUGUUUGAGCUGUGCCGGGCAAUAUACAUCCUCCCUCCUCAUUUUAUCUUCAAGACUCUCCUCCUUAAAGACUCUCUCUGUGUUUACACUUUGUUAGCAUCAGGCUAAAGAAGGCUAGCAGCUAGCUCGGGAGCUAACGUUAGCACACAGCGGUGUUGUGUUGCUUUCCUUGUGACAGUGACAUAAGGACCCGGGGAGCAGGCUGGUGCUUGGGGGGGGAUAGAUCCGUGUCUCUGGGUAGAGGAGACCCCUAGGACCCCUAAGACUGUCCAUCAACAAGCUGGUGUUGACUUGUUACUUUUGAAACCCAGAUUGUGUUUGUUCUUAACUCCUUUGUGUGACUGGUUUGUAAACAACAAGCUGCCGGUUCAGUGACAGCUGGCUCCCCCCCCCAUGGUUGCGUCACCUGUUUACGUGUCAGUCACUGUUGAGUAACCUGUUACCUUAUAUUUAUUGUGUUAUUGAAAUCAGAUGUUGUGCUGUCAGCCCUAGUUACAGGUUGUGUAGUGUUUUCAUUCAUUGAGUCUUUAGAGAAGUGAGUAGAGAAGAGUUAUGAAUUGAAGAAUCUACCUUGAUAUACGUGUGAGAUAGUAGUGUGACCAGAGAGAGAGGGAGAGGGAGGGAGUGAGGGUCCCUGAGGGUCCCACUGUGUCUUGAGUCGAGCUGCCCCCCCACCCACUACUUGCCAAUGCUGGAUCUGGAGGUGGUGCCUGAGAGAUCACUGGGAAAUGAGCAAUGGGAAUUCGCCUUAGGGAUGCCAUUGGCCCAGGCCAUCUCUAUUCUACAGAAACACUGCCGCAUCAUCAAAAACGUCCAGGUGCUAUACAGUGAGCAGACACCACUCAGCCACGACCUCAUACUGAACUUGACUCAGGACGGGAUUAAACUGCUGUUCGAUGCCACAAACCAGAGACUCAAGGUGAUCGAAGUGUAUGACCUGAGCAAAGUAAAGUUGAAAUACUGUGGAGUCCAUUUCAACUCUCAGGCCAUCGCCCCGACAAUAGAGCAAAUAGACCAGUCGUUCGGAGCCACGCACCCCGGAGUUUACAAUGCCGCAGAGCAAUUGUUCCACCUCAACUUUCGAGGACUGUCCUUCUCCUUCCAGCUUGACUCUUGGAAUGAAGCCCCGAAAUACGAGCCUAACUUUGCCCUGGGUUUGGCCUCCCUGCAGAUUCCACACGGGGCCAUGGUCAAGAGGAUGCACAUCUACACUGGCAACAACCUGCAGGAAACAAGAGCUCCAGCGAUGCCGGUGGCUUGUUUCCUUGGCAACAUCUACGCAGAGUGUGUGGAUGUCCUGAGAGACCGGGCAGGAGCUCUGGGGCUCAAGCUCCACCUUCUCACUGCAGGUUGUGGUCCAAGUGUGAUGGCGGAUUCUAAAGUGAGGUCUCUAGAGAGGAGCAUCUACUUUGGAGAUUCCUGUCAGGAUGUGCUCGGUGCUCUGGGCUCACCACAUAAAGUUUUUUACAAGUCCGAGGACAAGAUGAAGAUUCACUCUCCAUCGCCUCACAAGCAGGUUCCUUCUAAAUGUAACGACUACUUCUUCAACUACUUCACCCUUGGAGUGGAUAUCCUGUUUGAUUCAACAACUCACCUGGUGAAGAAGUUUGUCCUGCACACCAACUUUCCAGGACAUUACAACUUCAACAUAUAUCAUCGAUGUGACUUUAAGAUUCCACUAGCCAUCAAAAAAGAAGGAACUGAUUCCCAGACAGAGGACUGCAUCUUAACCACCUACAACAAGUGGGAUCAGAUUCAGGAGCUGCUGGGUCACCCGAUGGAGAAACCUGUCGUGCUCCACAGGUCCUCCUCAGCCAAUAACACCAACCCCUUUGGCUCCACGUUCUGCUUUGGACUGCAGAGGAUGAUCUUUGAGGUGAUGCAGAAUAACCACAUAGCAUCAGUGACCCUGUACGGUGCUCCGCGGACCACCGGUCAGGCCCGACCCGAGUCCAGCAGUAGUUCCCACUGAACAAGCAACCAGAACCACAUCCCAUUCUGGCCUGUCCUGAAUCUAGUACCUCUACUGACUGAACCUCUAACACGGAGCCAGAUUCUUAACCAAGCAGACCUGACCCGGGACAACAAAGCUAUUCUUGCUCCGCUCAGACGAUGAGUGGAAACACAACAAGAACCCAAGGAACAACCCAAUCCGACCUGACGUUAAUCAGCUCCUCAAGAGUGGGUACUAAGAUUUAUUCUUCCAAUCAGACACAUCCAGCACAUCCCAUGACAUCCAGGAUCUACGUACAUUAUCCCAGUGCUGGAGCAUUCAUGCUUUGAAAUAUAACCAGUGAAAUAAUUCCCUGGUUGUGUGGAAAUAUCACUGUGGUGCUGCAAACUGACGAAGUGAAGAAAUCUGCGUUGUGGUAGAGCUCAGCUGUUUCCUGUCUCCAUCCUGUGACUGCAUCCGCCCAGGAGCACCGACGACCACAGACUGUAGUUUGGAACGGCACGGUUCCACCAGUGAGAAGAACCACGACUGUAAAAACCUCCACGCCGGUGUGGUGGUGAGACUGCGAGCGUUUGAAUUCAUCUGCUGCACAUUUUAAGGACAACAGCUGUGAGGUCAGCACGGCCGCCACUGGAAACUGCUGUGGCCAAAGUCUUGAAGCGAACUUUGGCUCGACCCACUGACGCCACCUCAUCCGACCACACUGCCAGCCCGAGCCGUACCGCCUGUCUUCCUGCCUCAACUGCAUAAUCAGACCUGACUGGAUCGGUCGAAACCCCCGGACACGUGCGAACCACGAGAACCAAACCAGCCCAACCCGACCAAGAGACCAUCAGAGCCAAACACACACACACACUGCAGAGGACUGAAACCAACACACAGAAGCACACACAGGAAUCUGUUGAAACACACUCAGGGUGUGGACAGAGACGUGGCCCAGGACGUAACCCCCCCUCCCGAUGGACGAGCCAAUCAAACCAGACGAUCCAAACGUCACCUCCUGAUUAUUGUCUCCCUCCUCAUCUUCGAACCCGUCCUUCACCCUUGUUCAGUGGUGCCCUCAAAGACACACAACACACAAACAUCAGCGAACACUGUUAAUCCCAAGCUGUUGCAUUCAGCUCUGGACAUUAGCUCCUCACCCUCACAAGUGAAUAUUUGCAUGUGCUCGGCCGCCGAUCGACAUUUCAGGACAUCAAUUCUAAAGCACAGUUACACAACAGCAGCAGCAAUCUGCUCACUGCUGUGUCCUUUCUCAUAUUUCAAACCUGGCUCCUCUUGUGGAGCCUCAGCAGAGCUAACACAAAACACGGGAACACGCAGGCAUGACACGAGGUUUGCAUGAACCUGGCCGACGCUUCGGAAUGGGAAGAGACUCGUAACGAGAUCAAACCGGCAGCCGGCUGUGCUGGUUUGAUCCUGCAUGUUGUGAAGAGGCGGAGUUUUGGCACGUUGUUUGUUUUGUUAUUUCCCUCUUUUCCCUCUUUCCCAUUUGUGACCAUUUCCAUGAUGAUCAGUGUUGAUUGAGUCAAAUCCAUUUUGUACAUUUGCACUAAUACACAAGUUCGUACUUGACCGGUCGGUUGUGCCCGAUACUCAGAGGUGGAGUCGUGUGUGUGUGUGCGUGUUUGUGCGUG